AUCGUCUUGGGAGGCUACACCACUUAAAUCGUGAUGCUGAAGGAGAGAGAGGGUUAACACAGCAUAAAAAUAACGAACAAUUGCUGGAAUCAGACAAGUUUCUCCACGCUAAGAAAAGGGGUCAACGUUCAACGAACAUAAAUACCGUGCAAAUCCUCAAAUCUAUCAGUUGCGUAUUGGGCUACCUACUGCGAACAACGAAAAGAAGAAAAUGGAAGAACUCUACCAAACAGUCAGAGAGCAGAUCAAACCAGUUGAAGCCGAGAUCCGCGGUGUGAUUCCUCCUUGGCUGAACGGGUCCUUGUUACGAAAUGGCCCCGCUAUGUACGAAGUCGGACCCGAAGCCUACAAGCACUGGUUCGAUGGCUUAGGAAUGAUUCAGAAUUUCAAGGUAGAAAAUGGCAAAGUGACUUACUGCAGUCGCUACUUACGAAGCCAAGCAUUUGUCCGUGCCGAAGCUCGUCGUGGCAUCGCUUAUGCUGAGUUUGGAACACCAUUACCACCCGAUCCAUGCAAGAAUAUCUUCGCACGGUUUUUCUCUUACUUCGUGCCGCCCGAACGCACGGACAACUGCUCCAUUAACGUCGUCACAAUGAACGGCCAAACAUACGCAAGCAGUGACUCACCAUUCCUAAUCGGGUUUGAUCCAAGCAGCUUGCAAGCGUUGUCGGAGUACAACAUUAGGAGCGAUUUCCCAGGUCCCGUGCGAAUGUUUUCCAUGACACCUCAUCCCCACGAGGACGAAGAAGGAAAUGUGUAUAACGUUGCUGUUUCUCUGAAAAAUGGAACUCGCUACAAUAUAACACAAAUACCACCACGACCCACCACCCCUGGAGACACUGCGCCACACCCACUUCAGGGGGUAAAUGUUUUGUCCACUUUCACCCCAAAAAAUCGGCUCUGCUACUACCACAGUUUUGCCAUGACUCCUAACUACUUCGUGUUUAUCGAAAACCCGUUCGUUGUGAAUGUGUGGGCACUCCUGACGAUGAAGAUGAGAGGAAGAUCUUUCCACGAGUGCAUGAAGUGGGACAACAAGCAGCCGUCCAGGUUUUAUGUCAUUGAUCGUAAGACAGGUAAAGUAGUGGCUCAGUACAAGACGGAGAACUUCUUCUCGUUCCAUCACGUAAACGCCUUCGAGACAGAAACGGAUAUCAUAAUGGACGUUUGCUGUUACCCUGACGCCCGCAUUGUAUAUCAGUACUACCUCCAUCACUUGCGCUCUAAGGGGGAACACGAAGUGAGCAAAGGCUUCCCUGAUCCAGCUCUUCGUCGCUAUCGCUUACCCAUUCCUAAAACUGCCUCAUCCAGUUCCUGGCAGAGACUGCCCAGUUACUCAGACGGUCGAGACUACAAAGUGCUGUACUACGGGGUGGAGUUACCCCAGAUUAAUUAUCGCUUCGCCAACGGCAAGCCUUACCGGUUUAUGUAUGGAGUUGGUCCUCACCAACGCGGGGACUUCCUAAACCAGCUCAUCAAAGUAGAUGUCCUAGGGAAGGAAGCCAAAAUUUGGCAUGAGCGCCACUGUUUCCCAUCUGAGCCUGUGUUUGUACCAGCGCCCGGAGCUGAAUUAGAAGAUGAAGGAGUUAUUAUCUCCUCUGUAGUAGGUGUUCGUGGCAAGAAGUCGUUCCUUCUCGUUCUGGAUGGUCGCACAUUCCGCGAAAUCGCACGCGCGACCGUACCUUGCCCAAUGGCACACUCACUCCAUGGCAUGUUCAGACCAAGGUCCCCAGCUCUACUCGGACAAUGCCGGAAAGCCUGGGCCGAAAUAUAAUCUGGGUCACCGAAAAAGGACAAGCUCUGAAGAUUUUGGAGUGCCAUAUGAUCGUACACCAUCCAUUUACAGUGUUGUUCAAAACAAAGAACUCACCACACAAAUGAAGUCAACAAAAAAAAUCUUGUUGAGACAGUUCCUCGAACAAAAAUGUGAUUACUGUAUUUCAAUUUAUGGAAAAUAGUUCACGACAACAUGAAAAAAAAAAUUUUUUUCGGCCAAACAACCGGUCAGUUCGAUAUUAAUAGAUAACUAAGAACGAGAAUCAUUCUAUGUUCUUUCGUUAUUUUUUCAAACAAAAUUCCUGGUUGAACGAGUUACUCUGAGUGUGUGUGACAUCUUUGAUUGGUUAUUCGCUUUCGUUUCGUAAUGGAACAUUGCACUUUUAAGAGGGUUUCUCAGAUUUUCAUGAGAAAAUUAGUGAGGCUCUCUGUUUUCAGUUAGGCCUGGAAGCGUGCAUCUUCCUGCCAAUGUCUUUAGUGAUACGUUAAUAAAUCUGUUAUAAAAAAUUGGGAAAAACAAAAUAAUAUAAAAGGGAAAAAGAGAAAAGAGUUAUUUCUUUUCUAAGCAUUAUCCAGUGUGUAAGUUUUAUUUAAAACGGCGUACGUAACAAUGCGCUGUUGAGUAUUAUUUUAACUAUUUCUAAGUUAUAUAAAGUAGCAUUUGUAUACAAUCAUAGUGACAUUAUACUUUCUUAGAAAGGAGAAAGAUACUGGGAGAUAACUAAUAAUUUUUAAAAAGAUAUUAAUCAAAAUUUUUGGAAAUCAUGAACAUAGUAUUAACUGAUCUGGAGAAGUGACUGUUUUUUCACAAUAACUGAAUUUUUGUAACUAAAUUUUGUAAAUGUCGAGUUUAAUUCCAGCUUGAACAUUUUUGCCUGAUAAGGAUGUAUGUACUUUGAA